UCCCAGGCUCUGAAAAAUCUCAAGUUUAUAAAAAUAAAUAUGAAAGGCCUAAUUAGAGUACAGUCCGCGCAGGCAUUUUGAUUUUUGACCCCGUUUUGAGUUUGCGUUACUGUCUAUUCGGUGCCGUUACUUUAGCCUAAAAAGAUGUUUGUUUCUUCGGUGUCGUAAAUCGCGUUCAUUAGGUGUUUGAAAUUAGUGUAAGGAUCCGAGUUGCUGUAGCUAUGCCGUUUUUUGUGAUUAUUUUUUAAGACGAACUGGUAUUGAUUUGCCUUAAAGGCUUGGCCCGGCGAAUAUACGGACUAUACAUGGUUUAUAGGGGUCUUACGUGGUUUCUAUUGGCUCACUGACUCAUAAAAAACUAAGGGACACAUUUUUUGUCGGAAUUUUCCAAAUGACUGAACAUUUACACAGGCGUCUAGAAAUUUUCGGAAAAUUUCUUGCGAACUUUGAAUCGUCGUCCAUAAGAAAACCGACGCUGUCACAGUGUGUUGUGGUGUUUUAACGUUUUUGUGUCUUUAAAAAAGUGAAAUAUGGAUUUUGAAGAAUUAAAAAAGUGUGCAAGUAUUGAUUAUUUUUUAAUGUUUUGAGGCAGUUUAUAAGGUGACUCACGAUUAUUAACCGAUAAAAAAGACACUGCCACCGUGAAUCUCCCAUCUUUUUACAAAUAUACCUGUAACCUAACCAAAAAAUAAAAACAAAAUCAACAAAAUGCUGCCUCAACAAUACUGCUUAAGAUGGAGGUAUCACCAUUCGAAUUUGCAAACAAUGUUCUCACAAUUGUUGGAACGUGAGGCUUUUUGCGAUGUUAUCCUCGCCUGCGAGGGCAGAACCAUCAAGGCACACAAAAUUGUGCUGUCAGCCUGCAGCACUUACUUCGAAACCAUCUUGUCACAGUACGAAGAGAAGGAUCCCAUUCUCAUCAUGAAAGACAUUAAAUAUGUAGACAUUAAAUGCCUAGUUGAAUUCAUGUAUAAAGGAGAAAUUAAUGUAGAACAUUGUCACCUAGCGACGUUGCUGAAAACGGCGGAGGAGCUGAAGAUCAAGGGUUUGGCGGAAGUGUCGUGGCGCGACGAGGACCAAUCGGGCAGGGGCGGCGAUGCGGACGCAAACGGCAUGCCGGCCGUGCCGCCUGUAUCCACUGUUAUGGACAGUCCGAAGCAAUCGUGGUCCGGCCAGGUGACACCUCACCAGCCCCAUCAGGUCGACUCGUCGAAACGAAAGCGAGGGCGGCCGCCCAUAGACGACUAUGACCAGGCGUUCACGACGCCCCGCAUCAUGCACGUGACGGGCAGCGCGGGCGACGACGCCUAUUCCAACGACGCUAUGUCCAGCAGUGAACACGACCUGAGCAUCUGGGAUGAGGAACAGUCGGCGACCGAGGGCAAUAAUACAGAGUCUGAUGAGCCUCCGUUGAAGAUCAAAAAGGAAAUUAAACACGAUGACGAAAUGGACGAGCGAAGUAACAAUUCCUUCACACUCAACGAUAUGAAACAGGGCGGCGGCGGUGGUGGCAACCAGUCGACCAAAUCAGUGACCAACGUAACAACCUCAGGGUCGCAAUCGUUCCUCACGCCCGCCCUCGAGAAAGAAUGGCCGGAUGUGAUCAAGAUGAACGACUACCUCAGUACCGGCCGUCGCCAACAGUUCUGGGAGGAGCCGUUCACGAAACGCGUAAUGGACGCGAUCAAGACGAAAAAUCUGGAGAUGAAGGUGGCGGCAGAGCUGCUCGGCGUGUCGUACGGCACGCUGUACGGAAGGUACAGAGACUCCUACGGCUGCCUCAAACAUCCGUACAGGGUGCGCGACUUCUGGACCGAACAAGGCCCCACAGACGUCCUACUGAAGCUGAAGCGGAAAGAGAUCACGUUGUUUCGGGCAGCGGAACAGUUGAACGUGACACCUCAAACCCUCUCUAACUACCUCGUGUCAAUGUCCCAGUUGGAGAACAACGAGGGCAACACGAGCGCGAACCAGCCUCAAAUCUACGAGGAGGUGGAGUCGGAGGAGGAGGGCGAUUCGAUUCUACCAGACAUACCAUCCAACAACACGAAUGUGUUUAAGAGCUUGGUGUCGAGUUCGGUUACCACGUCCACUCCCACCUCCUCGAACAACUCAGUAUUAGCCAACUGUCCGGACAUAACGAUCAUAAAGAAAGAAAAGCCCGACGUUAAAGUAAACAAUAACUCCGAUCAUUCCGAAAGUAACAGCGACCAAGGUAAAUAACUUUAGAAUGCGAUGAACUGAACAUUUCCACUUUUUAGUAUUUUAUACAGACCAAAGUAAUUUUGUACUGUUUUCCUUAGUUUAUUUAGAUGAAAGAAAUAACAAAACGUUUCCUCUUUGCUAAAAUAUAGUGAUAUGGAUAAUACCAAAAUGUCUGUUAAGGAAAAUGAUGUAUAUUUACGAUUAAGGCAAUAUUAUAUAUUGGCAAAAUGGUAGAAUUAGCUUUAGGAACAUAUCACAGGGUCCUCGUCUGGACAGUCUAUGCACUGACUACAUUGCAAUCCUAUUUAUAGUGCUUUAACGAUUAGGAGAGUUUCCUGCAAUGUAACAUGCUCUACUCUACUUCAGUAUUCGUCUUUUGUGUGCAUUAUUCGUUUGGGUAUAAUCAACUUAUCCAUGCCCAGUAGAAGUGUAAGUCCUUUUUGGAAACUGCAUAAUAAAAUUAUUUAUUAUACAUUUAGGUGAACAUAUUCACAACAUUAUAGAAUUCUAUCAAUACAUUAAUUACGAUUAAGUGUGGACAGCAUACCAUAAUCUGAAUUUGCCGGAGUAUUAAAAUUGUUGAUUCUAUAUCUGAAUAUGUUCGCCGCCAACAUUAUAAUCGCUUUAUGAACCAAACCAAAUGCUACUAUUCAGAUGUGGAUGGAUGAAUACAAACUAAAUGUAGAUUAGUUUGACCAGUAUUCAACUAACACCUAGUGUAAAUGAAAGAUAUUAUGUAAUGGUAGAGGUCCAGUGUAUUCUGGACAUUUUACUUUUCUAGCAAUUUGCAAAAUUUCUGAAUGGUGUGAACAGUGUAACUUCAUCCAUUCAGACUUUUUAUUUAUUUCGUACCUGUUUCUUUAAUUUUAGGAAAAAAAAACAAUUCCGCAUAUUUUAUAAAAAUAUAACAAUUCACCUGACAAUAAAUAUUAUUGUAAAUACAUAGUAAUAAGUAUUAUUUUUGCCCAUAAUUGAUUUAUUCGCAAUUCAAAUACACUUACAACAAUGUUAGUAUCUUAAACCAUAAAACAGAAAUUCUUUGUUAUAAUUUUAACUUUUUAUAGACUGUAUUAAUUAAGAAAUUCUGGACUAGUCUUUAUACACAUUGCUCUCUCGUUCUCUCUACAAUCACCAUUAAUUAUAUUAUUAUUUUUAUGUAUUAAAUGUUACUACUACGCUUUUUAUAGAGUAGAUUAUAAUUUAAGAGUUUCAAUAUGUGAAGAGGUUGUAAAGCUGGAUACAUUUAUUAAGGAGCCAUUUGUGAGAGCACUUUUUAUGGGAUCUGUCCUUUAAUCAUGAAAUAAAAUUUUACUAAAUUAAAAGGGCCGUAUAUACAUUUUACGAUUGUACAGCGAUUGUAAUUAUAACAAUAAUUUUGUUGUGCAGUCGAACAUUAUAAUUUAUAUAAUAUCUAUCUAUGGAUAAUUGUUUAGUAUAGUUUAGAUUGUCAUAUAUUAUUUGUAUUAAACAUGAAAAUAAAUAAAUGUUCAUGUUUCCUAUUAUGACAAACCUAUAUAUUGAUCUAUAUUUAUACAAUUAUUUGUUGAGUGCCUAAUCAUAAGUUAUAAUAUAGAGUUUAAAGUAUCUACUAUUUUACUUAUUUUAGUAAAUGUUUAUUUUAAUGAUCUGUAAAAUCACUUAGUUCGGUGUUAAGGAUUGUAGAACAUCGUCAAAAUUGGUACUUUAUAAUUUUAUAUAUCAUGUACCUCUGAAUGGUUUUUUAACCAUUUUUAUGUACCAGAUAUCAAUUAUUUUAUGUAUUUAACUUUUAUGUAGAUUUUUUAUUUAUUAAAUUUUGAUAUAACA